AUGAGCCUCCAGGCUGCCUUCCUCACCCUAUCCGUUAGUUUCAGCGUGUUUUCUUCGUCUCUCUCCCCUCACCUGGUUUCUGCUCAGCAGUCAGGCUGCUUCAAAGUCAGCAAAUGCAAAUGCAUCAUGAAGGAUGGCAGUGGAGUGAUAGACAUGAAAGCUAUGGGAGAUGGAGAUGGCUUCCUGGGACAUUUGAUGCACGUGCCAACCAACAAUACGCCGGCCAGUGCAGAGGUCCUCUUGUCCUUCAGCCCAUGCCAGCAUUUCUCACAGCCCCAGGACCUGAUAGGAACUGAGUGUACCAACGUUGCUGCGUGCCUCAUUGUCAGGCAUCACAGGCUCAACCAGUACACCAGUCACUACAUCAACUAUGGAAGACAUGAGGGGAAUGAAUUCCACUACAAUGACACUCUGAAGACGCUGUCUGUCUCAUACUUUGCUCAAGACAAACAGCCGCUGACAGUAGUGCAUUACCACUGUAACCCAAACCAGUCGGUGUCCAUCAUCCGAGAGCAGAUCUUCAGCACAGAGGAGCCCCUCCAGAUCUGGGUGGAGAGCCCCUGUGCUUGCCCAAACGCCUGUGCUAUGGGAGACCUGGGUCUGGGCACCAUCUUCCUCAUCGUCCUCUCUGUCAGUGCUGCUGCAUACUUCAUCCUCGGCUCCUGUGCACUGAGGCCUUUUCGGAGCAGCAGUGGAGUCCAGAUCUCUCCGGAGCACAGUGUGUGGUGCAUGAUUUGCUACCUCUGUACUGAGAGAAGACCGGCAAGAAGACACUACACAGACGUCACCCACUGA